AUGAAGACCACUACUACCAUUUUCUGCCUGGCCCUUCCCCUUCUCGCCAGCGCAGCCCCAAACCUCAACAAAAGAGUGAUGUGUAAUGUCUUUAACAACGAUGGCCCUGUGCACUGCAGAAGCAGUCCGCACUUUAGCGCCAAAUCAGUUACCACGAUCGGUGAUGGAGAUGCUUGGGAUUUUUCUUGCUACAAGUCGGGAGACUGCUACGAAGGGGUUUGUUCUUGGGAUUAUAACUGGGAACUGAAAUGUUAUAUCAAUGGAUUUUAUACUUCAGACCAGUGCAAUUCCAGUAAUGCCACCUUUUUCUCGAAUCUUCUGGGUUAUGCGACUGACAAGUUAUGGCUUUCUGGCAGAAAAUCUUCCCAAGUGUUAAUUUCGGCACAUAUUCACAGUUAUAAUAUGAGAGGCAUUUUAAGUUACAUGCUGGGGCAAUAUUUUUCCGCAUGA